CGCAUUAGAGGUGUGCAAGAGCUGUGCCUGUGCCUUUGUCGCGUGCGUGCGUCCGCGUUCACCGUUCAGUUCUCUCCGUGUAGUUGGAGUUGCGGUGUAACCGAGAGAACGUGUACCCCUGGUGUAUUGUCGGCUUUGCCUAUAUACACACAUACUCGAUCUCUUUCUCUUUCUAUCCUCUCUAGCAAACACGACGUUUUUUUUGUUUUUUCUUUUCUUAAAAAUUUUCACUCAGUUGCGUGUGUUUGUUUGUGUGUGUGCGUGUGUGCCAAAGUAUUCGCGGUUAGGUACACUUAUCUCUAUCGAAUGGAUAUUUUUCUCUAUAAUUCUCUCCAUUAGUAUAUAGUACAUAUUAUUAGACGACGUAUUUUGGUUUGUGCUUGACCGUUGUGUUGUGCUGCGACUGUGUGGUCUGUGACUGUGCUUACUCUACAUAACGUGUAUACCUACUACCUAGUAUUAAGGUAUAUGUCGUAGUUCGCGUCGUCGACCAACCUUUUCGCGGUGCUGCUGGCUCUGAUAUCGUUAUUAUUAAUUCGAAUUCGACAUUCGCGCUCGUAUCUUAGGCGUACACCUGUGCAGAUUAAUUUCACCUCCGCCAAACUGUGAUCUGUUCGAUUCGAUAUACUGGAUACUCCUCGUAUGUGUAUAGUGAGGUACUACCUCGAUGUGUGUAUGUGCUCGUUGACGCGAUGCGACUACGAUAGCGUUUAUUUCCACCGCUGUUCGAGGUGGUGACUGUUUUUAUCUAUAAUAGCCGAGAAGCGAGCUAAUUUAUCUUACGACGAUUCGCGCGAUGAAAUUUUUUUUCGUCGAUUGUCGCGACUCGAGUCGUUUCACGUGUGAUUUUCGUAUCAAGACGGCGGCGCGGCGUCGACGGCGUUAAAAUUUAGUCACGUCGUCGCUGCAGCGUUAUCGAUGAAUCGCGCGGCUAAUUAAAUAUGUUUUUACGCGCGUGUUUGCGUUCGCUUAAGCUAUUUCCGUUUUCGUUUUGCCUUCCUCCGGUCGUUUCCGUAUUUUUGUAUAUUGCUUAUUCGACCACCACCACCACGACGACCACGAAUAUAUGAAGUGUCGAUUACUCCUAUAUCUGGAUAAAAUAUAAGUACCUGGUGUACGUACGUACUACAAGAGGUAAUCUCACGUGUCACUUGGUCGCCGUCGGGCGUCGAGAAUCAAUCAUGCCGUUAUUUUGGUUCCAAAAUCAAAAGGAAUUUUACGAAAUACUACGAUAACGAUUACCUGCUCAACGUAGUAGGUAACAAGAUAAAGCAACUCGGAAAAAAAAAAGUCAGGGAAAGCCUGUGACCACGAUCCCUGCAGCAAUCUCCGCAACCACGACCACCUCAACUUCGACGACGAGAAAACACCAAAGAGAGAAGAAAAGAAUAGUAAAGAAGUUGUGAAAAGCGAUGCCAUUAUGUGGUCACCAUUUGCUGUUGGCAGUGACCAUAUGCGGUGUUCUGGUCGUCUGUCAAAAACCGUCUUCAGUUUCCAAACGACAUGAUGUCUAUAUAGCCGGAUUCUUUCCAUUUUCUCCGGAACUGCUGCCUGAAACAGCGACUGGUCGCGGAGUGAUGCCGGCCGUCAAGCUGGCCAUAGAACAUAUUAAUGAAAAUUCGGCUGUGUUGAGGAAUUACAGAUUGCAUAUGUGGUGGAAUGAUACGCAGUGUAAUGCAUCUGUAGGCGUGAAAGCUUUCUUCGAUAUGAUGUACGAAGAGCCCCACAAAUUGAUGUUAUUCGGUACAGCAUGCACUCAAGUUACAGAUCCGAUUGCAAAGGCUUCCAAACAUUGGCAUAUAACACAGCUGUCAUACGCCGAUACAGAUCCGAUGUUUACGAGUUCCAGUUUUCCAAAUUUAUUUCGUAUGGUUCCCAGUCAGAAUGCUUUCAACACUCCGCGAAUACGACUGCUGCAGUAUUUUAAUUGGACUCAAGUUGGGACUAUUUACCAGAACGAACCUCGUUUCUCUUUGUCACACAACAAAUUAGUAUCCGAGCUAGAUGCGAUGAAUUACACGGUUUUGGAAACUCAAAGUUUAACUACAAACGUUUCGAUCGCGGUGGAACGAUUGAAAGAAAAAGAUGUCAGAAUUAUUCUGGGGAAUUUCAACGAAUCCUGGGCCAAACGUAUAUUCUGUGAAGCUUACAGAGUUGGAAUGGUUGGCCGAAAAUAUCAGUGGUUGAUAAUGGGAACGUAUGGAGAAAGAUGGUGGGAAAACGAAAGAGAUGCCCCUUGUCCGCCUGUGGAAUUGGCAGCUGCGCUGGAUGGUUGCAUUUUAACCGAUUAUCUGCCUUUGGCUUCGAAUAGAGUGAUAACUAUAUCAGGAAUAACACCCACCGAGUAUCAGCAAGAGUAUGAUUCGAGAAGAGGGGCCGAGUAUUCUAGAUUUCAUGGCUACACAUACGAUGGGAUUUGGACAGCUGCAUUGGCAAUUCAACACGCCGCACAUCGCAUCAGAUCUAUUAAAACCAACGAAACAAUAGUCGAUUUCAGAUACAGGGAUAAAAUUUGGGAGAAAUUGUUCGUAGAAGCUUUGAAAAAUACAAGUUUUGAAGGAGUCACCGGACCAGUACGUUUUUACGAUAACGAAAGAAAAGCCAGCAUUUUACUGAAACAAUUCCAAAGUAACGAAGAAGUCAAAAUAGGCGAGUACAAUGGCCUCACAGAAAUGUUAGAUUUGAGCACAGGGAAUGCUAUCAGAUGGAAAGACGGACGAGGUCCUCCGAAAGACAGGACGUUAUUAGUGUUUGAAAAUUCGCACGUGAAUUUCGGUCUUUAUUUUACUUUGGUGGUGUUUUCGAUUAUUGGAAUCAUAACAGCCACCGUAUUUUUAAUCAUCAAUAUUAAAUAUAGGAAUCAAAGAUACAUAAAAAUGUCCAGUCCUUAUCUGAAUAAUCUGAUCAUCAUCGGAUGCAUUCUAACCUACAUGAGCGUGAUAUUUUUGGGUCUGGAUUCGAGUUUAACCAACGUGCAAACUUUCCCUUACAUAUGUGCGGCCAGAGCGUGGUUAUUGAUGGCUGGAUUUUCAUUGGCUUUCGGCGCCAUGUUCUCAAAAACUUGGCGAGUGCAUUCCAUUUUUACCGAUGUGAAGCUCAAUAAAAAGGUGAUUAAAGACUAUCAACUUUUCAUCGUGGUUGGAGUGUUGUUAGCUUUCGAUGUUGGAAUAAUGACAACGUGGCAAAUAACAGAUCCUUUUUACAGAGCUACCAAAAAUAUGGAAUCUUAUAUCGAUUCCAACAGUGAAGAUAUCCAAAUUAUACCAGUGAAUGAAUACUGCCAAAGUAAUCGAAUGACUUGGUUCGUCGGAUUCAUCUACGCUUAUAAAGGGCUUCUCAUGAUAUUUGGAGCAUUUUUAGCUUGGGAAACGAGACACGUUAGUAUACCAGCGUUGAAUGACUCUAAAUACGUCGGUAUGAGUGUUUACAACGUGGUGCUAAUGUGUGUAAUGGGUGCUGCGAUAUCGUUCGUGCUUACCGACCAGCAAAAUUAUUCUUUCGGAAUAAUAUCGGUUUUUAUACUAUUCUGUUCAACGAUUACCGUCUGUUUGGUAUUUGUUCCCAAGGUUGUCGAGCUGAGAAGAAAUCCUCAAGGUUCGAUAGAUAAACGAAUCAGAGCUACUCUGAGGCCUAUGUCUAAAACUAGGCGAGAAUCUUCCGAACUUGAAGAACACUUCAAACAUGCUAAAACAACCAAUCAAAAAUACCGCAAAUUGUUGCAAGAAAAAGACAACGAACUGCAAAAUUUACUCAGGAAAUUCGACGUCGACGAACAGAAACAAUUACCGUCGAAACUUCACAGCACUCAGGAUGACGUGUCGUCACAUAUCCGUAAAGAAAGUACGAAUCUCGCUGCUGUGCCAUCGGCUACCGAAACGACUGAAUUGAGUUCUGGCUGCUCUCCCAAUUCGUCGGCAGCUGAUAUUGAAACUAUACCGAUGGUCAACGGACAAUCGCACAAAAAAAAGACUACUUUCGCAGCGUGUAAAUACCCUUCGUAUUCGACUGAAGAAACGACGGCCGUCUCGGUCGCUCCGGACGACAAGAAGAACAACGGCGGCGGUGACUUCCCGUCGUUGAACACGUCUUCUCCUCUGUCGUCUUAUUGUAAAAAUUCGCCUCCUUCGAAACCGCAGAGCGUCGGUACCACUAGACGAAGAUCGAGUUUAGCAGCUCAGCCAUCUUCUGCAGCAUCUACGGUUCAAGAACAAGCUCAACCUUCAACACCAUCUCAUCAUAUAAAUGGCUGUAACGCUAGCGGCGAUGGCAGCGGUAGCAUGCGUAGGACUUCGGUUCCGACCAAGCGUAAUUCUCCGGCCUUUGUGCAUCAAGACGAGCUGUGGCUGACGCAAAGGCAGUGUAAAUCGAAAUGUUUGCUCAAUUCUGAUGGUACUUCUCCGUCCGAUGACGAAGCGGAGAAAUCCACCAUCAUGCAAAGAUCAGUAUCAGAAAAAAGUCGCGAUAAAUACGCGCAUUCGCAUUACCGCCACCAUCACCAUCGUUAUCACCAUCAUCACCAAGGAACGCUGCAACAACAGCAACAGCAGCAGCAGCAACAACAACAGCAACAGCAACCAUUCCAUCACCAUCAUCAUCACCAUCACCACCACCACCAUCAACAACAUUCAGCCUCGGUGUCCGAAUGUCAUACGUUGAAAAAACCCACACCGGCUCACGUGCAAAGUACUCCGAACGUCUUAGGCACCGCGCUAUCCGAUGAGAAACUCGUCGACCUCGCCAUUUUACCAAUUUUCCAAAAAUUACUAACCGAACGUAGAGGGGCAGCGAUCGCCUCAUGCCCAAAUAUUGCCAUCAAAUGCGAUAUCGUCGAAUACUUAUAGUAUCAGGCGCCGCUAGCGCUUUCGCGACCACUUCUACAUUGCAUUUUGCAUUUUGCAGCAUUCGCACCCGUCUACUGAAAUAGGUACUAAGUAUGUACUACUCGAGUAAUUGCACAAAAACCACUUCCCCUCCAUUUACGCAUUUCUUCAUUGUGGCCUGUAUCAGGGAUGAGUGCCGCCCACAAGUAAGCGUUUAUACAAUUUGAUACAUUUAGAUAUUUAACUAUGCAGGCUGCAGAUAUUCUCUUCGUAUAAGUUCAUUCGAAUGUAAUAGUAGCAAGAGUGUUUAGGUUCACUCGUAUCAGCUUUUUAGGUACUUGAAGUGAUAUUCUACCUUCAUUGCACGUUGGGGGGGGGGAGUGGAGCACAAAAAGCCUCGAAUUUUCCAAAUCCUUUGGUUUCGAAAUUUUUUUACAAGUUUGUUGUGAGCUUUUUCCUAUUAAAAAAGAGGUUCAAAAAAUUUCAAAAAUUUCGACGAAUUAUAAAUGUAUUUUCCGGGCAAUUUCAAAAAAUUUUAAACCCAAAAUCUGGCCAUGAUAUUUGAGUUUAUUGAAAAAGUGGCAUGUGACGUAUCAAAAUAGUUUAAAAUUUCACGAAAAAUUCAAUUAUUUCGACGAAAAUGUUUUUCGAGCAUUUUUAAGUAAUUUUGAGCCCAAAAUUUGGCCAUAAUUUUCGAGUUAUUUGAAAAGGUGGCAUGCGACCUAUCAAAAAAAUUUCUCGAAAAAUUCAAAUAUUCCGACAAAAAUGUUUUUCGAGGAUUUUUACAAAAAUUUUAAGCUCAAAAUUGGAUCAAGAUUUUUGAAAUUUUUUAAAAUGUGUCACGCAACCUAUCAAAAUCAGAAUAGGUUAAAGUUUUGGAAUAUGUAAAUGAAAAUAUUCUGACAAGAAUGUUUUUUGAGCAUUUUUGAAGAGUUUUGAGCCAGAAAUUGGGACGUGAUUUUUGGGAUUUUCGAUAACGAUGUCAUGCGACCAAUAAAAACGGGUUGAAAUUUUGACAGAAAAUCAAAAUUUUUUAUUAAAAUUUUUUCCGAACAAUAUUGAAGAAUUUUUAGCUUAAAAUUGGGUCAAGAUUUUGGAAUACACUGAAAAAGCGUCAUGCAAUCUACCAAAAUGAGUUGAAAUUUCACGAGAAAUUAUGCUUAGGAACCUUUCUGAGGAAUUUUGAGCAUAAAAUUGGGUAAUGCAGGUUUUUUAGUUUUUAAAAAAAGUGUAAUCCGACCUAUCAAAAUGGCUUAAAACGUUGAUAGGAAAUCAAACAUUCUUAUUAACAUUUUUUUCUGAACAAUUUUGAAGAAUGUUCAGCUCAAAAUUGGAUCAAGAUUUUGGGGUUUAUUGGAAGAACGUCAUGUAACCAAUCAAGAUGGGUUAUAAUUUCACGAAAAAUUGAAAUAUUUCAACUAAGCUGGUUCUGAAUAUUUUUGAAGAAUUUUGAGCCCAAAAUUAGGUCAUGAUUUUUGGAAUUUUUGAAAACUGUGCCAUGUGACCUGUUAAAAUGGGUUAAAUUUUGGUCAGAAAAUCAAAAUUUUUAUUGAAUUUUUUUCUGAACAAGUUGAAGAAUGUUUUGCUCAAAAUUGGGUCAAAAUUUCGAGAUUUUUGAAAAAACGUCAUGUAAUCGACCAAAAUGUGUGGAAAUUUUACGAAAAAUUAAAAUUUCGACGACUAUGAAUGCAGAUUUUUGGGAUUUUUGAAAAGGUGUCAUGCGACCUAUCAAAAUGAAUUAAAAUUUCUCGAGAAAUCAAAAUAUUUCGAUAAAAUUGUUCUUGAGCAUUUUUGAAGAAUUUUGAGCCCAAAAUUGGGUCACAAUUUUGGUGAUUUUUGAAAAAGGUUUCAUACGACCGAUCAAAAUGAGUUAAAAUUGUACGAUUAAUUCGAAUAUUUCGCCGGAAAUGGCUUUUGAACAUUUUCGAAGAAUUUCGUGUUCAAAUUUGGGUCAUGAUUUAGGAUUUUUGAAAAUUCCAUGCCAUGCAUCAAAAUGGUUUAAAAUUUUGCAAGAAAUCCAAAUAUUUGGACGAAAAUGUUUUCUGAAAAUUUUGAAGGAUUUUGAACUCCAAAUUUGAUUUGUGAUUUUCAAUUUGUUUAAAUCAGCGUCUUGCGACCUAUCAAAUUUGGUUAAAAUUUCGGCAAAGAAUCAAAAAUUUCCAUCGGAACUUUUUUUGAGUAAUUUUGGAAAAUUUUGAAAUGAAAAAUUGCCAUAAUUAUGAAGUAUUUUGGAAAAGUGCUAUGUAAUCCUACCAAAAAGGGUUAAAUUUUCAAGAGAAAAUAUCAAACCCAGAAAAUUGGCUCAAUGUUUGGGCUCAAGAUUCUUCAAAAAUACUCAGAACUAUUUGAAUUUCUGCUCAAAUUUCGACGCAUUUUGAUAGGUCGCUUGACACUUUUUUAAAAUUACAAAAAUCAAAACUGAAUCUUGGGUUCAAAAUUUUUUUCAAAAUACAUUUUCUUCGAUAUAAAUUGAAGUUUACUGCAAAAUAUUGACCCAUUUUGAUGGAUUGCAUGACCUUGGGCUCAAAAUUUAUCACUUCAAAACUACUCAAAAAAAGUUUUGAAAACAUUUUUAAUAUUCAGUCCAAAUUUUAACCAAUUUUGAAAGGUUGCCUACCUUCUUCAAAAUAUCCCAAAAAUCGUGACUCCCUCCCUCAUUCUGGUUUCAAAAUUCUUCAAAAAUGCUCGAAACACUUUUUCGUCAGAAUUUUUAAAUUCCUCGUGAAAUUUUGACUCAUUUUGAUAGGUCGCAAAGGCACUUUUCAUUAACUCUACAGCAGUUCAUUUUUACUUAGAAAUUCGACUCCACCCUGCUGUGCAAGCCUCAUAUGGAUCAAUAUUUCACUAUUUUGGAUAUUCACUUUCCGAGUAGAAUAUCGCUUCAAGCCUAUCCUCAUAGAUAGGUACUUCUAGUCAUAGCUUACACCUUACCUACUAUUUGUCAUCGUUAUCGUUGUAGGUACUACACGUAGGUAGCACUACACUACCAAUACCUAGGUAGUAGGUACCUUUUAGUAGGUCCAAGUAUGCAUAGUAUACCACAUUUUAUAAGUAUUUCUCUGUAGAACGUGCCUUCUUCCCGCAGUUGGGCUAACUCUUUUUUGAAAACUUGAAAAAAGUGAACUCACCAACCCAAUUCGAACAAAAAAUAGUUAUUUUUUUUUCAAAACUCAUUUUUCAAUGAUUUUUAUUUUCGUACCUAGCGAACAUUUUUUAUUUUUCGAAUCAUGCUGUAGAUAAAACAUGAUUAUAAAAAAAAAUCGUCAUUAUCACCGCUAGUUUUUUUCUAUUGCAUUAUUUAAAAAUUACAGCCUCGUUGUAUUUAUUAGAAAAAUCGCAAUUCUCACGAAAGAAAUUUUAAAAAAAGCGUGUCAAUUUAGGUAAUUUUAUUAACGAGUAAUGAUUACUGAUAAUAAGUGAUAAGGCACCCAGCGCAAUCUUUUACUUUAAAUAUCGACACACCAAGCGAAAAAAAAAUAUGAAAGAGUAGCGAUUCUUUACUCUUCACUUAAGUACUCUUUUUAAAAAAGAGUCAAUUUCGAGUCGAACUCUGACGUGAGUUGACUCGUAAUGUUUAAGGUUGGUAUAAAAAUGCAGUUUCCAUACUACUGCUGUGUUACCUAUCCACCCACGUAUACUCUUCUAGCAAAAAUACUCGAUUAAAAAUCAUUACGAUAUCGAUGGAUCACUUGGUUACCCCAUCGUUAUUGUUAUUACAUAAGUAUCGAAGAAAGUUGGUUGGUGUGGAUAGGUAGGUGAAUUUUUUGAACUAUAUAGGUACUCAACGUACAUUUAAAAAAAAACGUAGUAGGUUUCGUAUGUAUUUUUCAUACAUUCUUACAAAAAUUUAAUGCAUUUUCCUCUUUCUUUUUUCUUUUUAACGUUUAAUCACACAUUCAAAGGCAUUCGCGUAGUUAUACUUGCAGUUGCAGAAGGCGUAAGUCGCGUCUGUAUUUGAAUGUAGAGUCUGAUCGGAGUUAUAAUUUUAACUUUAAGGUUGUGAAUAUAUCUAAUAGUAAUCAGUUUUUAUAUAGAUUUGUUGUUUGUUAAACUAAAUGUGUUCUAUCGAAGAAAAAGAAAUUUUAUUUUUAUUAAGUAUUAUUAUUAUAAUUAUUAUAUUAUUAAAAUGUAUUACCGGUA